AUGUUGCGCGUGCGGUGCCUGCGCGGAGGCAGCCGAGGGGCCGAAGCCGUGCAUUACAUUGGGUCGAGGUUGGGAAGAGUCGUCACAGGAUGGGUGCAGCGAACUUUCCAGAGCACCCAAACCGCAGCAGCCUCCAAUUCUCUUUGUGCUGCUGCUGCUGCGGAAGCCUCCAAAGUUCCUGAUCCUAGCCCAGAAAAUUGUCCUGUCUGCUCCUACACUGAGUGGGACCCACUGGAAGAAGUCAUUGUGGGGAGAGCCGAAAAUGCCCGUGUUCCUCCUUUUACAGUUGAGGUCAAGGCUAAUACCUAUGAUAAGUAUUGGGAAUUCUAUCAGAAGUACGGAGGGCAGAGUUUUCCUGAGGAUUAUAUCAAGAAAGCAAUCGCUGAGAUUGAAGAAAUGUGCAAUAUUUUGAAGAUGGAAGGAGUGACUGUGAAGAGGCCUGAAGUUCUGAACUGGUCAACCCGAUAUAAAACACCCGAUUUUGAAUCUACUGGCAUGUACGCAGCUAUGCCGAGAGACAUUUUGCUUGUAAUUGGGAACGAAAUCAUCGAAGCACCGAUGGCCUGGCGAGCCCGUUUCUUUGAAUAUAGAGCGUAUCGCCCGGUCAUUAAAGAAUAUUUUCGCCAGGGAGCCAAAUGGACGACAGCACCGAAGCCCACCAUGUCCGAUGAACUUUACGACCAGGAUUACCCCAUCCGCACUGUGGAGGAUCGGCACAAGUUGGCUGCUCAGGGGAAAUUCGUCACCACUGAGUUUGAGCCGUGUUUUGAUGCUGCCGACUUCAUAAGAGCUGGAAGAGAUAUCUUUGUCCAAAGAAGUCAGGUUACAAAUUUCAUGGGCAUUGAGUGGAUGAGGAGACAUCUUGCUCCAGAGUACAGAGUCCAUACUAUUUCUUUCAAAGACCCCAACCCGAUGCACAUCGAUGCUACUUUUAAUAUCAUUGGUCCUGGGGUCGUGCUUUCUAAUCCAGAUCGCCCUUGUAAUGAGAUUGAUCUCUUCAAGAAGGCAGGCUGGACGAUAUGUCACCCACCUCUUCCUCUCAUCCCUGACAACCAUCCGCUGUGGAUGUCUUCAAAAUGGCUUUCCAUGAACGUCCUGAUGCUGGAUGAGAAGCGUGUUAUGGUGGAUGCCAACGAAAUCCCGAUCCAGAAGCUCUUUGAAAGCCUCGGCAUUUCCACCAUCAAAGUGAACAUCCGCCACGCCAACUCUUUGGGAGGAGGGUUUCACUGCUGGACCUGCGACAUACGUCGCCGUGGCACCUUGAAGUCUUAUUUUGAUUAG